AUGGUAAACAAGGAGCCGUGCGAGUUAUGUCCCCGUCAGCAGCUUCCCGCGGCAUCCUCUGCAGCUCCUCCUGGGAGUAACGCCGAGGAGGAAGGAGGAGGCCGUGGGUCUGAGGAGGCGCAGAGGAAACCACCGCGUCAGCAAAAAACCAUUGUUCAGAAGGGCCGGGGCAGGCUGCAGGAGGAGACAGAUGUGGAGGAGGAGGACCAGAACGAGUCCCGGAGCUCAAGACCCUCACGUCCCCAUCUGCUCAAGACACAGAGGAAGUGUGUGAGGAAGAGGCCAGAGGCUCCAGCUCCACACCAUCAGCUCACUGCUGCCAUCUGCUGGUCCAGCGGAGACAGGGUUCUCUACAGCCUUCUCUGUGACUCUAGGGUUCUCUACAGCCUUCUCUGUGACUCUAGGGUUCUCUACAUCAGCGCUCUGUGA